UAGUGGAGGUGAAGAGCAGCCUCCCGUCGGGCAUGCAGAGCCCUGUAGGAGCUGCGAGCGAGCAGAGAGGAGGAGGUGUUGAAGGCGGCGGAGGUCCAGGAGGUGGAGGCGGAGGCCCAGUGGACCUGCGCACUGAGCCCAGGGUGGGGUCUAUGUCAGGUGGACCCGGCGUGGACACGAGCAUGAGGGAGCAGCAGCUCCAGCAGGAACUGGUGCUCCUCAAACAGCAGCAGGAGCUCCAGAAACAGCUGCUGUUCGCUGAGUUCCAGAAGAAACACGAGGUCCUGACGAGACAACAUGAAGUGCAGCUGCAGGAACACCUGAAGCAACAGCAGGAGCUGUUAGCAGCUAAGCGUCAACAGGAAAUGGAACAGAAGAGGAAGCUGGAGCAGCAGAGACACGAAGAGCAGGAGAAACACCGACUGGAGCAACAACUGCUGCUGCUGAGGAACAAGGAGAAAGGCAAAGAGAGUGCUAUCGCGAGUACAGAAGUGAAGCUGAAGCUGCAGGAGUUCCUCCUCAGUAAGAAAGAGCCUGGUCCUGGUGGACUGAACCAUUCCUUCUCCCCAAAGUGCUGGGGACUCCCACACAGCUCCCUGGAUCAAGGCUCUCCACCACAGAGUAACACCCCGGGAACCCCGCCCUCCUACAAACUGCCCCCCCUGCUGGGCAACUACGAGGGCAAAGACGACUUCCCGCUCCGCAAGACAGUCUCUGAGCCGAACCUGAAGGUGCGUUCACGGUUGAAGCAAAAGGUGGCGGAGAGGCGGAGCUCCCCACUCCUCCGCAGGAAGGAUGGAACUGUCAUCAGCACCUUCAAGAAGAGAGCCAUCGAGAUAUCAGUGUCCUCUCUCUGUAAUAGCGCUCCAGGUUCAGGUCCCAGCAGUCCCAACAGUUCCAACUCAGCCAUCGCGAACGGGAACACGGGAUCCGUCCCCAACAUCCAGACAGAGCUGAGAUCUCUCCAUCAGACACUGGGGGCUGAUGGGACAUUGAGUCCUCUGAAUCUCUACACCUCACCCUCUUUGCCAAAUAUCUCUCUGGGCCUCCCUGCAAACACGCACAUCACAGGUCCUCAGAAACUCUCCUCCCAGCAAGAAGCUGAACUCCAAGCCAUCCAAUCACUGCGAGGGGGCGGAGCUCUGACGGGGAAGUUCCUCUCGACGUCCUCGUUACCUGCAGGCGUGGGGCACGAUGUGGAGACUCCGCCCCCCAGCUCUCAUUCUGCACAUUCCUCGUUACUGCAGCACGUGUUACUGCUGGAGCAGGCCAGACAACAGACUGCAAUGCUCGCAGUCCCCAUGUACAGUCAGUCGCCCCUGGUUACGGCAGAAAGAGGCGUGUCCAGCGGCAUUCGUUCGGUCAACAAGCUGCCUCGCCAUCGCCCGUUGGCUCGGACGCAGAGCGCACCUCUGCCCCAGUCCCCCCAGGCCCUGCAGCAGCUGGUGGUCCAGCAGCAGCACCAGCACUUCCUGGAGAAGCACUACAAGAUGCUAUCGAAGGGGGCGGAGCUUCCUAGGCCGCCGCCCACACACCCAGAGGAGACAGAGGAGGAGCUAACAGAGACCAACGACAUGCAGGAGGAUGAUGUAGGGAUGAGCUUACACAGGCUGCAGAAGGAGGGAUCCGACGACAGCACGCACUCCUCCGAGCGGCUCUGCGUGCAGAUAAAGUGCGAAGAGGAGCACGGGGAUAUUCACGUGAAGGGCGAGAGCACGGAGAGCGAGCUGGAGGAAGAGGAGGAAGACGAAGACAUCAUCCAGCUGAGGGAGGGCGACGGAGAGGAGCGGGGCGGCUACUCGCAGGCUUUGCAGCACCUGGGUGUGUUCCAGUCCUCGCUGUCCCACAGACCUCUGGGAAGAGCGCAGUCCUCGCCUGCAACCACCGUCCAUCCCAUCAAACACCUCUUCACCACGGGACUCGUCUAUGACAGUCUGAUGUUGAAGCAUCAAUGUAUUUGUGGGAACGCUCACAUCCACCCUGAGCAUGCUGGGAGAGUGCAAAGCAUCUGGUCCAGACUGCAGGAGACUGGCUUGCUGGGCCGCUGCGAGAGGAUUCGUGGGCGUAAAGCGUCUCUGGAUGAGAUCCAGUCGGUUCAUUCAGAGUUCCACACUCUGCUGUAUGGAACCAGUCCGCUGAAUCGACACAAACUGGACCACAAGAAGCUGCUAGGUCCCAUCAGCCAGAAGAUGUACGCUGUUCUCCCCUGUGGAGGAAUCGGGGUGGACAGCGACACCGUGUGGAACGAGAUGCACUCCUCGGCUGCGGUCCGGAUGGCGGUCGGCUCCGUCAUUGAGCUGGCGUUCAGAGUGGCUGCAGGAGAGCUGAAGAACGGCUUCGCUGUGGUGCGUCCGCCCGGUCACCACGCCGAGGAAUCCACCGCCAUGGGGUUUUGCUUCUUCAACUCAGUCGCCAUCACGGCCAAGCUCCUGCAGCAGAAACUUGGAGUGGGCAAGAUCCUCAUCGUGGACUGGGACAUUCACCAUGGCAACGGCACCCAGCAGGCCUUCUACAGCGACCCCAACGUCCUCUACAUCUCCCUCCAUCGCUACGACGACGGGAACUUCUUCCCCGGCAGCGGCGCUCCAGAGGAGGUGGGAUCAGCUGCAGGUGUUGGCUUCAAUGUAAACAUUGCCUGGACAGGAGGAGUGGAGCCCCCUAUGGGUGAUGUGGAGUACCUCACAGCCUUCAGGAGUGUAGUGAUGCCCAUCGCCCAGCAGUUCAGUCCAGACGUGGUCCUGGUCUCUGCAGGCUUUGAUGCAGUAGAGGGUCAUCAGUCUCCGCUGGGAGGAUACAUCGUCUCUGCUAAAUGUUUCGGUCUGCUAACGCAGCUCCUGAUGGGUCUGGCUGGAGGUCGCGUUGUGAUGGCGCUGGAGGGGGGUCAUGACCUCACCGCCAUCUGUGACGCAUCAGAGGCCUGCGUCUCAGCGCUCCUGGGAGAGCCGAGCGACUCUGUGGUUCAGUGGCCUCCAGAGAAGCCGUGUCCCAAAGCCUACGCCUCUCUGGAGAGAGUGAUCGAGAUCCAGAGUAAACACUGGCCUUGUCUCCAGAAUUUGUCCCAGACAAGCGGACACUCGCUAUUGGACAGCCCCCCGGAUGUUCGCGGCCAAUCAGAGGACGAGGCUGAAACCGUCAGCGCCAUGGCCUCCCUCAGUGUGGACGUGGAGCAGCCGAUCUCGGCCCCCGACAACACGGAAACCAGCAGGUCAACGGAGGAACCGAUGGAGGAGGAGCCUGUGUUGUAGGAGGAGCCUAAACAAGGACGGCACAAAAACUCCACAUUCACUUCUUUGUGGCUCCUCCUCUUCCUCUUCCUUUACCUCUCCCUGCACAGAGUGUGUGUAGGUGUACACACGCAGAUUGUAACUCUGCCAUCGUGGAGGACUCCAAUUGGCUGAGGGGAACGGUACGGAGGCGAGAGAAGGCGGGGCUUGUGAGAAACACGGACACACCUCCUUUCCUGUUGGUUCAUCAGCCUGAGGAGGAGCAGACGACUUGUUAGCGACUCCGUGGAACCAGAGGAGGAGCGGGCCAGCGAAGAGACACGCCUUGUGACAUGUAUACUUUACCACCUGUACACAGCACCACUGAAUUCUACCCUUCCACACCCGGUCACUCUCCUGUUGACUUUAUUCCUGAUCCCGAUUGUUCUGCAGCGGAGGGGCGACUGUGGAGAGGCGGACACUGAACCCUGGGGGAUACGUGGGACACCAAGCGGACGUCUUGUCUUCUUGGCGGACAGAGAAGGAAAAACUUGUUUUUGAAAUAAGUGGAGGAUUCGGAGGAACUAGGUGCCUUUUUUAAAAAAAACAAAAACCGUCCAAUCAGAAACCAGAAAACGCCACCGCCGCAGCACCUCAGCAAAACCAACCAGCCAAUCAGGACUGAAGAAACACACUGACGCACACACACGUUACACACUGCUGUCGUUUCAGUCAGCCGGUUCAUCUUUCAGUCUUUGUUUCUUCAUCUGGAUGCCUUAAUUUGUUCUAAUCUCACUUUUUAGGAACCAGGAGGGAGACGGGACGAGAGCUGACCUUAUGAUUUACUCACUGACGUAUUCAACUGCUAAGAAUUGUAUUUAUUGUCAAAUCUUGCAAUAUUCAAAGCAGGUAUUCCAACAGAGCGACGACAAACCUCUGAAGCCAUCACUACACUCGACACAUGUUCAGUGCAGACCUCUGUUGAAUAUUAAUAUUAAGUUAUUGAUGAUAUUCAGUCAGACUUUUCUAGGACCGGGCGAGUGUCUCAGGACCGGGCAGGGUUGACUUUUGGAAAUAUGUACUCAUUUAAACGACAUCACUUUCCACUUCAGACCACCGCCUCUCUCUCUUUCUCUCCUUUGGGUUGAGUCAUGUGACCUGAGACCCGUCCCUUCUUCUCCAGGAGGGCUUCAGGGUCCUUCUCUUCUUUCUUUUUUUUAUUGUGAUAUCUUCUGUUGGGUGUAAAUACUGUCUCCUGUCCUUCUGCCCACGGUUACGUCACAGCAGACUCAUUGUGGCCACUUUUCUAUAUCUGUACAUACUUCAAUGUAUAAAAAUCACAAACUACUUUCUCUUUUUGUAU